AGCAAUCAGUCGUGUUUCGGUCGUCGUCGUCGUUUGCUCGUCGUGUUCUGUUGGUUAAGAAAAAAAGAGAGAGCGGACCCUGCAAAUACAAUCGCAGAAGGCGUAGUAGAAAAACGUACAGCAAGCAAACGCUGAUGCGAAAAAAGAGGCAACCAUUUUUCUUCACCAUCCUCAUCCGUCGAAAUCGAACCGAAGAAAAAGUGCACGGAACGAUACCAGAAACGGGAUUCAGAGUAAGAUUUUUCCGUAUUUCGAUUUUCGAGGUGUCGCAAAUUGGAAGGGUCCAGAUUUGACCGAUCGGAAUACGCGUUCCCGUGGUUUUAGCCCUGGUGUGGAUAUCGACGACGGUGGAAAAAAAACGCGGACGAGCUGGUAAAAUCGCGCAAUAAGUUUUUCCCUCUUUCCUCCGUCAAUCAGUAGCAGCAAUUUCGGGCCGGACGCAAAGAAGGUGCAAAACGCGUUUCUCUGGCCAGCAGUACCAGAAGCAGUGGAAGCACCAGCAGCACAGUAUACUGAGCUGAGUGUCAGGAAGCAGCACCGUUGGAUCGGUUUUAGGAAUUAAGGGGCGCAUCUCGCGAAAGGGGCAAGAAGGGGAAACAGUGUUACGGUGCAGAAGAAAACGGGCUGCUAUUAAUGUGUAGUGUUUCUUUUUUCGUUUCCUAAUGUGGUUGUGGCGCUGAGUGGCCGCCACCGUAUGUUGGUUGAGAAAAUUUUCCUCCGAUUCCGAUUGUGGAAAAUCUCCCCGUCGCACUUCUCCUGCUCACAGUCUUCCGUUCCAUCAUUGUGGACAGGGAGCGCUCUCGCUGGAAAAGCAAAAGGAUUAACUGGGAGCUGCGCUAAGCCACGGCACUUCCUCGAUACAAAAACAACAUCGGUAACGGAUUGAUUGGUUGAUCAGAGAAGAUACAGAAACAAAUCAUUCUGUGACUUCUCUCUGGCUGUAGUCGGCGCAUAGGGGAAAACGACGGAAUACCAAAAUCUACCUCUAUUAGGAUCCAAAGGGCAUGUUUUCCACUUUCAUUGGACUAAUCGAUAUUCAAUCAUGGUGGGAGGUGCCCUGCAUUGCACACUUCUGUUCGUUGUUUAGUGGCUCCUUUCAGUUGCCGGAUUUCGACAUCGAGGAUCUCGAGGAAGCUCUGCUGACCGAUGCCGAUACCGAGAGCGAGGUUGAUUUGAAAGUCUACAACGCCCGUCUUUUGCCGGAUCUCAUCGUUGCAAUACUCAAGGGCUGCGACACGCUUAGUCAAAUUGUUUCGCACAUUAGCCCCAGCAACUAUCAGAUGUUCCUGAGACGUCUGUUUCGCCAGAAAUGUCAGGAACAUAAUAUUGAUAAUCCAUUCAACGAGGAUACCGACUUCGAGAAGCUACCACUCCGUACCAAGAUACUGAUCUUGAAGUAUUUGUGCGACUUUCGUCUAGAUUCAGCAGACGUACUCUUCAAAUUAGCCAAUCUCGAGGCGGACAGCUUACGCGUUGAACCAUUAGGAUACGAUAGUAAAGGUUCUGCGUAUUGGUACUUUUUCGGUACCCGACUGUACCGGGAAGAUUACGACGUUGCAGCUACCGGAAAAGGCAACAAAUCAAGCUCCAAGCAAGGCUCUAUUUGGCAGGUCAUUUGCUUCACGGAAGAAGACUGGCACAAUUUGGCUAGCAAGUUCAACAAGACACGAAACGAAGACGAGCGUGCUCUGCAUCUGCAGCUGGUAGAGAACUUCCUGCCUAAUAUCCCAAAAAUCUUCCGUGAUAAAGAACGUGAAAGGCGUAACAGAUUACUAGAACGACGAACUUCGUCGCGUAUAAAAGUUUACGAGGAACGUCGUCUUGCCGACCACUACCGGCAACAGGAGAUCGAAGAAACUAAAAAAGCUCUGCUGAGGGAACAAAUCAAGGAAAAACGUGCUGCAGCCCCGUUGAAUGAAGCUCACUUGGCGAAAGAAAGCGUCGAAGCAACCCGAGCAAGGCUAGCUGAAGCUCGAGCAAAGCGGGCCGAACGACGGUCACGCUCGAACUCGGUUACAAGUAUAGUAUCAACCUAUGCGAGUUCACCAGAACCUUUCACGAGUGAUUUUAUUUUUCAGCAAAAAACAAGCGAAAAUCUAGUUGCAAAUACUUUUAACAAGCAUUCAAACUCAAAACACUCGGUUCUAGAUACGAUCGAUCCUAAGUUCACUAACAACAACAAGUACCACUCUCCGGCUUCCCCAUCGUCUGAGCUCGGCUCGGAACAAACAACUACUGCGGACAUUCUAGUGCACUCGUCAUCGUCGGGAGGUUCCUCUAAGCAGGACCCAGAAGAACCCGAUCCGGACGAAGACUGUGACGAACCACAUGUGCAAACAAAUAGUGUAAGGCUAGAUAAGCUCUUGAAGAAGAAAAGUGUCAGUGUUAAUAAGGCUUUUUCGCGAGCAAUUAGUGUUGCUAGUAGUGAUACUACAAGCAGUGGCAUAAGUAGCCGAAAACGCACGGAACCACCGGUUUCGCCAUCAAAAGAGGAAGAUCCGGAUAUCGUUUCGGUUGCACCUCCUACACCGGAACCCUUUCCAUCUGCUCGGGAAGCAAAUGAAAAGGAUUUGUUAAUAACGAAGAAAAAAUCUAAACGAUCGUACAAAUCUCUUAGUGCCGAAAUUGAAGGUCUAUUGCAGUAUAACCGUAACAUGGCUCCAACGACGACCAAAUUGCCUGGUCGGCAGACCAAUAAUUCACUUUCGUCGGUUACCGAGCCAGUGAUACUGCCAAUAACAGAACCUCCUCCAGCUAAAGCCAGUAACUCAGCAAACGUUAAAUCUGUUGAAACCGUCAGCACUGGCAAAGAAAGUAGCGCAUCUACCGGAGGAGGAGGAGGAGGUGGCGGCAACGGAGGUCGUAAGAAAAAGAACAAAGCCUCGGAUGUUUUUAUAACAACCACCACAUCCACUUUGUUUACAUCAUUUAGUUUCACCGAAUCCGAAGAGGUCUUACAAAUCGGGAUGCACAAAGUCCUGGAGAGUAUAAAAAACCAUGAUGACGCCUGGCCAUUCAUGGACCCUGUGGACGAGGACAUUGCGCCGCGAUAUUAUUCCAUAAUAAGACGUCCGAUGGAUUUGCAAAAAAUGGAGGAAAAGCUAGACGAUGGAGAAUACCUUUCGUUUGCAGACUUCCGUAAUGAUUUCAAAUUGAUUGUCAACAACUGUCGACUGUAUAACGGUCAAGCGAAUGAAUACACCGAAAUGGUCAACAAUUUGCAGAUUGCGUUCGAAAAAGCUACAAAAAAGUACUUCGAUUCCAAUUCCUCGGACGAAGAAACUACGUUAGAGUAUCCGGUUUUCAAAGAAAAGUCGUUUGGAAAUACUGCUGGAACCAGUAAAACUGUGAACGAGAUACAAAACAAUAACACCAGUGCUAGCGCAUCGAUAGGAAGUUCUGAAGGUGGUGGUAACAAACAUUCGUCUAAAGAAAGCAAAUCCUCUUCUACGAGCAAAACUAAAGCUUCAUCGGAAAAGAAAAGUGCUUCAUCGAGGGAUGUGGAAAUACCAGAAGAGCCAAAGUCGGCAAGUGGCAAGAAGAAAAACGGGAAAAAGACAAAGAAUGGUCUAGGUGAAGUGAGUAGUGAUUCGAAGAAGCAAAAUAAUGAAAACAGUAAUUCUGUGGGUAGUGCUAAAAAAGGGAAAACUGUCGAAGUAGAGGAUACUAAAACAAGCAAAAGUGCAAAUGCGAAAGGGCUGAAAAGAAAACGAAAAGAAAAAGAUAAAUCGGACAAGAGAAAAAGUAAAAAAGUUAAACGUAACGAAAGUGAAGAUGAAGAUGAAAUAGUUGACGAAGACGAAGAUGAUGAAGACAAAAGUGUACAACUAAUCAAAAAAGAUGAGGAGGAGUACGAACGAAAAGAUGAACGACUUGUCGAGCUUGACGUCAAAAAGAAAUCUGCUAGCAAGCAGAAACACAAGGAAGAAAAAGAUAUUUCGAAGAGCAAAAACUCCAAAAAUCCAAAAGAAGAAAAGAAAUCUUCCAAACUAGAAACAGGGAAAAAAUCCAAAAGGUCACGUUCCAUCUCCCGUUCAAGGAGUCCUUCACCUGAAGAUAUGCGUUCAGCAAGUCCAGCACCUUCAUCGGCCUUGAAAAAAGCUGAUAAGCAUAAGGAGCCUACAGCAUUGAAAUCAAAACAUUCAAAAAAGGAUCGCAAGGAAGAUAAUUAUGCCGAGAAACCAAUGGUGAAAUCCAGCAAAAAAUCUUCCAAAUAUUUAGAUUCUUCAAUAACCUCAGCAUCGCCGUCACCGGUCAAACCAAAAAGCAAGAGAAAAGGACACCGUUCAAAACACGAUCGUCCCACUCCUGCAAAGGUUGUCGAGGAUAAACGUACUGGAGAUGGGGAAGAAACAGAUUUGGAUAAUUUUGCUGACAUCGAGGAUAUUCGGAUCCCUGAAGAAGGUGCCGGAAGCUCUCCAGAUGGCGAUUUUGUUGAUGAACCAAAGGACGAUAGAAAGGAGAAGAAAAGCAAGAAAAAUAAUCACAAAGGAGGAAAAUCGAAGGCAAGGAGCAAGGACGAAGGGAAAUCGAAAAAAAGUAAAUCAAAAAGUAAAAAUGCUAAAAGCAAAAAGUCGAAGAACAAAAGUUUCGAAACAUCGUCUAUUGUGUCUUCUAGUGAGGACGAAGAAACCCCAAUUGAAGUUAGAAAAGGUAACAAAAACAAAAAGCCACAACACAAAGAAAUCCCAAGUGCCUCAAAGAAACAACCAAAAGAUUUUUCCAAGUACACUACUCUGCCCAGAGAUAGAAGCUCAUCCAGGAGCUUUUCACGUUCUCCUAGUCCGCUGCCUUCCAUCAGAGAUCAUUAUUCAUCCAUGUCGGAUCAUUCAAUGAAUUCGGAUAACGAUGCGAUCGUUGAUAGGGAGCCGCCUAAGCUGGCACCAGCUCGACCGAUUACACCUGACAUUGUGGACAAAUAUGAUCUCAUAAAACAACGGCGAAGAAAUCAAACUAAUGCUUUCCAACCAGUUUCUGGCCAGCUUGCUGCUAUUAGCCCUGAAAAGCCAAGCAAAAGAAAAACCGAAAAAAAUGUGGAUAAUACUCGAAAAAAACAGAAGUCUAAACAAUCGUCAGAGGCAGAUACCUCGAAUGUUGGAAAAGAGCUAUCUAAGGCUAAGGAUGUAGGUAAAAGUCCAGAAAGAAGCAAAGAUCUAUCCAAAGGAAAGAAAAAACAAGUUGUUUCUAGCGAAUUGCGAAACGAUUCUCCAUCACCACCUCCACCUGAUGAGCUAGAACUGGGAGAAGAUGAAGAAGAUCAUAACUCCAAAGUAACAGAACAGCACCUUGUAACGGAGAAAUCUCGGCUCUCAUAUCAGGAAGAAACAUCUGAAAAUAGAGAAACCAUGAAAAAAGUCGAUAGAAGCGAUGAAUACGAUUUUGUGGACGAUUCUCCUCCGGAUAUUCCCACACCGAAAGCCGCCACCCCAAUUCCACCAGCGGUAGUUGAGAAGCCACCCAAACAAUCCAAAUCAAAAUCCGAUUCAAAUAAAAAGUCGGCAACUAAAUCAAGCAAAUCGUCGCAUAGCGCCCCUGCAAAACCCAACACUUCGACAGCCGGCAAACAGCACUCAAAACCAGUUGGAGCAAAUUUGGAAGCCCUUGAGCUAGAAACAGAACAGACAUUGAAAGAUAUUAAUAAAUGGCUCGAGAACACUCCACGAUUUUCUGAAUAUAGCUCUGCUAGUAAUUCUCCUUCCCGAUAUAUAAUGGAUGAUUUAGAUGCUGUGACGGCAAAAAUCGAUGCUGCCGAUUUUCGUAAGCCUAUUCCUUUGACACAGCUUUCUGAACCUGAAACGGAACCGCCAAUUAUAUCGCCUGCACCAUUGGUUGCACCGGCGCCACUCACUACAACAGUUCCAGCACCAAUUGAUCCGAUUCCUACUUCACCUAAAGCUGUGGCCUUACCUUCCCCCGUUAUUCCCCACAAGGAACCAGUUAAGAUCAAAACAGCGAAAGAGAAUAUCCCAGAGCCUGGUCCGCCCAAAGAAAUUGCAACUACAAAUGUCACAACAGUUACACCAAAUCCAGUGAAAGUACAACCACAACCUGCUGUAUCAGGUUCAACGGUGGUUCCACCUUAUGUCGAACGUCCACUAUUAGGGCCUCCACCAAUCAUACCUCCGCAUUCACAAAAGAAGGAACCUAAAGAACCGAAGCGUAAAUCACUCAAAGAAAAGCUGAGUCAGCUAGGAUCCCGUAAACGGGAAACCGUUCACCGCACUAUCGAUCGAAUGCAGCCCGGUAAAGCAAAAGGCAACUUAAUACAGAAUCUCAAUAAGCCAGAAGAACUGUUUCCUUUGGGGGCAAAUCAGAAUAAGGUUAAAGAAGUGAAAAAUUCUCUAAUUGUUAAAACUGAUGAAUCAAAACCAAAGCUCAGUUUGGGUACGGUGCUUGACACCGAAGGUUUCGGUUUGUGCCAGCAACACAAUUUUGCAGAUGAAAAAAAAGAUAUCGUAGAGGAAGAGGUUGUUAAAACCGCAGAUGUGGAAGACUUAAAUCAGUCUGUUGGCAGUUCAAAAGAUGAAAGUGGUAACAGCGAUAAACUGCUUAUUCAUGAUGAUUUGAAGGCAGCAAAGGCAGAAAUGGCUAAAACGGAACCGGGAAAAGUUAUUGAAUCUCCCGAGAAGGUAGUUAAAGCAGUUACCAAAUCUGAUAAACCAUCAGCUACACCAAACUUAAGCGCAUGGUUCAAAGCAUUUGGAGCGCCUAAAAAGCCAAAGAAAACAGAUGAAGCAGAAGAUGCUGCAUGCAAAAACUCUCCAACGGACAGCGGGAAAGGUGGAGAAAAUGCUUCUCCAUCCGAGUCCGGAUUAGGUACAUCUAUGGUACCUAGCUUGGAAAGUCCAAACUAUCCUUCUUUGCCGGCACCACGUCAGAGAAAGGCUAGCACUGGAAGCACAGUUUCAGAAAGAUCGUCCUAUAGCCAAGAUCCUGACAGCCCCAGAAUUGGAAUCGACGAGCGCAUUGGUGUGUACCCAGCUCCAUACCCUAGUCCUAUGGGUGCAUCGCCUAUAAUGACGUCCCCAAAGCUGGAUGAAACUCAAAAGAGUCCAUAUCCUCUCAACAACGGUACAAUACGAGUUGGAUUUUAUCAGGACACUACAACAAAAAGUAGCCCAGAAAAAAGUUGUAGUCCAAGGGAUUUGCCCUCACCAUAUCCUCAGUAUUCUCAGCAUUUGUACACCGGCAGCACUGGAGUCAGUGCAACCAAUUUAUAUGGAAACUAUCCGUAUGGUAGUAAUGGUAGUAACAACGCUACCAGCUCUAACACUACAGAUAAUCUAAAGGGCUAUGAACAGUACAAACAACCAGCUUCACAAGAAUCGGAUUACAAUUCAUCAAUGAGUCCAAGUACAAAUCCCAAUUCGCCGUAUCACAAUCAACAAUCAUCACCAUACCAGCAGCAACCCAAUUCGCCAUACCAACAGCAGCAGAACCAAAACUUCAACCAACAGCAAACUAUACCAUCUCCAGCCUCCUCAGGGCCGCUGUCACCAUAUAGCAAUAAUUCAAUUGCACCUCAAUCAUCAGUACAACAAAGUCCUGCUCAGUCAACUGCUAGCGGGCAUUCGCCUUUCAAUCCUUCGCCUUCAUCGCCUUACCAAACACCUCAACACCAAUCUCAAAAUCAAGCUACAGCUCCAACGCAAAAGUCAAGCCAGCAAGCUCCGCCUCAACAGCUUUCAUCGAAACCAAAUACUCCUAUCCACCAAAGCCCAAAUUCCCCAUUUUCGCAGUCGAAUCAUAGUUCGCCGUAUUCACAACAGGACCCGAAUUCACCCUACUCACAAGGACAACUGUCGCCGUUCCAACCAAUGUCACCGAAGCCCUCUCAGCAAUCCAGUAUUUCGGUUCUACCACAGGGUACAACAAAUAACAGUUUGAAACUGGCUCCACCCAUUAUAACCCCUCAACAAGCAGCAGCAGCUGCUGGAGUGACAUUAACUCCCGAAUCCCCGGUGCACAACCUUUCUCAACAGCAAUCACAGCAAUCUUCACCUCAACAACAGCAACAACAGCAACAACAACCGCAACAAGCGUCAGCAAUGCAGAACACAGGAUCUCAAUUACCUCAACAACAGCAGAUUCAACAACCUCCUUUGAUUCCUCCUCAAAUCAGUACCCAAUCUCCAUGGAACCAACAACCACAGCCGCAACCUGGUUAUAACCAGUACACAGCCCAUCCGGAAAAUUCGCUUGGUCUGGGAACAAAUUUGCCUGCUCCAGCACACAUACACCCCAGCCAUCAGCAGCAACAAAAUCUCCCUCAAAAUAAUCUACUUUCCCAGCAAAAGCCCCUACCUGCGCAUCAUAAUGUGCAGCAACCACACAUGCUUCAACAACAGCAACAACAACAACCUCCCUCCUGCCAACAACAGGCAGCGAAUCCUCAACAUUCUUCGCAAAAUCCAAAUAACAUCACUCCCGCUCACAGCCAAUCAACGGCACAGCAGCAGCAACAACAGCAAAUCCCUCAGCAGCAACAGCAGCAGCAGCAGCAACAACAGUCACAGCAACAUCUACACCAUCAGCAACACCAGCAUAGCACCAGUCAUCUGAGCAAUCUUCUUGGUCAAAACCCGUACGCUUCCAACUACACCCGCCAGGCCUAUGAUCAUGGUGGGCAUCAACAACUACAACCUUCGCAAACACAAAGUCACAGCCACCACGAUCUGAGUAAAAGUGCAGCUGCUGCCGCAACCAAGGUACCUGAACUAAUAAAUUUGGGUUACAACAGCACUGCUAGUACCGAAAGUGUCAAGAAUCAACAGCAACAACAACAACAGCAACAGCAAGACAUUCCCAUGAACAUGGGCAAUAAAGAUGCAGCUGCUACCGGUGAUAUUGUUGGUAGUAAGGAAAAGGAAUUGACGAAGCAACAACAGAUGAUGGAUAUCAUUAGUGCGAUGGGAUAUGGUAAUCCUAUGGACAUUUCCAAAAGCAAGGCAUUUGAUAUGUUCAAUCGUGCCGCAACUAUGACUUUUCCAAGAGAUUUCCCAAGCGGAACAGGUGCAGCAGUUUCUGCCGUUCAAGGACAAGCGGAUGCUGGUAAAAUGGGCUACAGUGGUCAUGGGUCCUCUAGUUAUGAACAAAUGCAACCCAAUACAAACAAAGCUCACGACAUGAGUGGUGCCAACACCUACAGCAUGCAACAGCAACAACAACCUAAACCAACCCAAAAUUCAGCAAGCCAAAAUAUCCAAAACCCUCAAUUGCCAAGGUAUGAUCAACGGUCGGCAUUAGCCGCUGGUCAGCAACAGCCUCAUCAGCAACAGCAGCAACAACAACAGGGUAAUAUAGACCUUACAACAACGUAUAAAUCGUUUACCGGUGCAACGUCGUCAUCCCUAAUUGAUCCGACACUUCGAAAUUUAGCCACUUUAACGUCCCUUUACUCGGCGGAUGAUAAGAUGCUCACUGGCUCAUCUGGACAAAGUGGAUUCUAUGAGAAAAAUUUACCCCCAGCAGCGCACAUGUUUGGUAAAAAUUUGUCAAAUCUACCUACCGCUGCCGGUUCCGGACUUGGUUCUGCCUCGGCCACUUCCACUUUGCAGCAAAUGUUCAAUCCAUCAAUGGCUACUAGCAUGGCAUACACCGCAACACGAGAUCAACAACAGUCCACUUACGGUGGUAACUACCAUUCAAGAAAUGAUAUGCACGGUCAGAGCCAGAAAGUUCCAUUGAACAUCCCUUCGGUGCCGAAUGUUACACCGGCUGCUCCUGAACCAGCCAAACCCAAAAGAUCCCGCAAAAAGAAGGAGCCUGUAGAGGCACAACAUCAUCAUCAGCAGCAACAACAGGCACAUCAACAGCAACAACAUAUGCAGCAUCAACAGCAACAAGUGCAUCAACACCAACAACAGCAACAUCAACAACCUCAGCCAAACGCAGCACAUCAAGGUUUCCAAACAUAUUCUGGCAUGAAAACAACUCAAUCGUCGAAUUCUGCGAAUCAGGUCGCCGGGUCUUUUAGCUCAUCUAGCAACACAGGUUCCAAUUCCAGUUCUAAUCAGGAGUCUUCUGCUAUCUCGUUGAAAACAGCCAAUGUAGUUCAUGGCAGCGCUUUCAAUUACGGCUCAGGCCCAGCCGGUUAUCCGUCAAGUCUCUUUGGUGAAAACACACCCUAUCUAGAAGACCUUCGGAACAAUCCAUACCCCUAUCUUUCAACUAGUCAAAGAGGACCAGGUGCGCCGUCCGUAUCAGAUGGUUCGAACAAAUCAACUAGCACACCUUCAUCUACGUCAGCCGUAGCACCCCCGGCGGCACCCGCGUACCAUCAGUUUUUGCCCCACCCUUCAACCCGCCCUUCACCAUAUCAAUUUAUGAAUCAAUUGGAUCCAAUACACCAACAGCUCAUCCGAAACGAGAUGCUGCAGAAUCUAGCACUGGGUGCUCCCGGUGCUCAUGGACCACCACCUGGAACAUACGGGCAACCAGGUGCGUACCAUCCAGCGCUCGGCAUGCACCACAAACCUUACGACGCUAUGAAUUCAAUGAAUCGACCUCACUGGCUAUAACAGCAGCAGGAUGUCGCCGGUAAUGGGACUGAGCGACCCAAAACUGGUGACAUGCAACCGGAGCGCGAAUCCACCAUAGUAGCAACUACUAGUGUUGGCAACGCAUCAAACACAGGAACUGCAAACCGAAACGAGUUUGCAGAACCAUGGGAUGCCCGAAGAAACCAUACCACAUAUUAGUGAAGCAGAGGAUGAAUAUGUAUUGAUUUUAAUCAACAGUGAUUUUAUUUAUAAAUUUAUUUUUAUGCUACAAUUUCUGAGAGAACAGAAAUACGAUUACUGAUUAUGACAAGAUACGCUAUGUAAUGUAUAUUUUAAACAUUUUUGUCCUACGAUCAGUUAAGCAGCCGAGGAAGUACUAUUUUAGAUCGUAAACAUAUACUGCAUAGAUGUGGUUGGCAUCAAAAUAUAGAAAUACAUUUUUCUUUUUUGAAAAAUUUGAAUGAUUGAUGAAAGAGAGUUUUGUUUUAGUUUUCAGCCAUAGCGUAUGCUUGAGUGCAAUACAUAAAACAGAGAAAAAAAAACACUUCUUUAAAUGAUCAGUUUUGUAUCAACAAAUAUGAACGAGUUGUUACAAUUCAUUUUAUCGACAAAUAAAACUCAUUUACCUGUUAGGAAAGCAAAAUGUAAAGCUUUUGCAUACCUUUGUGUUGUAUGUUACAUAAACUUUGUUGUCUAACAAUCUGCGCCAUGGUUUCCACAAAGUGGAUCCAGUGGACAAAUGUAUAAUUAAGAAUCUUGUACUGAGUUGAGCGACGAUAGUGAAGUGUGCUGUAUGAACAGUUGAAGUAUAUAACGUUUGACCUCACUCUUGUGGCCCACACAUUCUCAGCACCAGUAAAGCGUGUUUGUUAAAUGUUGUAUUUUUACUCGUUUUUUGUUUGUUUGUUUAAAAAUAGCAGUUCUAAAGCUUGGUAGAGCGUGUUUAGUAUAAGUUUAUGGGACUAAUAAGUUGACACUAGUAAUACAUUGGUAUGCCACGUGUUUAGGUUAAACAUUUCGCCUUACUUUAAUUUCCAGUUGUUUUGUUUUUCCAGUUUCUUAUAUAUUCAAACCAAAUGAGAUUAAACCAAGAGGAAAAUUAGCGGUUUCAUAGUUUAUUUUUGAACAUAGGCCUGUCACUCAGUUCGGAUUUGCUUUGUCAUACUGAAUAAUGUUAAAAAAAAAAUCACGUAAAAUGACAUUCCGGCUCUAUGCAGCGUAAGAAUGCUGACUCGGCAGCAAGAACAACUAAAUAAUUUGGAGUAGCGCGCACCACAGCAACACUCACUCACACUACACGUAAAUCGACUUUUGCCUUAUUUAUAACAAAACAAAAUCAACCACAACUAGCUCGUAGAUCUUAAAACCAAACAAUAAUGAAAUACCAAGAUCACAGAACUUCCGCAAAAAAUAAAUCGAAAUAUAGUGAGCACCCUACACUACACUUAUUCGCACUUCCGUGAGUAGUAUCCAGUAGAUUUUCAUCGUAAGCACUGCUGUUGCACAUCAUAUUCUUUUUUUCUGAAACAAAACAUCGCUUCCAACUCGUGAGACAGUGUAUUGGUAGUAAAAUAAUGAAUAAACUCGAAGUAAAUUAACUGCAUAAGUUGUUUCUUCGUAAAUUUAUUAUUCUAGCAACUGCGGCGUUUGUGUAUUAGUGUAAAAUGCGUUUAGUUUGGAUAGAAAUUCCGUCAAAAAUCAAAAUAAAAUUUAAGGAUGUAUAUACCUAACACCUUGUCA